AUGACUCUAAGAGUACUGUCUUUUUUGUUUCUAACCGAUGCCCAUUUAGAUUCUCUGUAUUCACGGUUACCGGUAUGUUUUAUUCAAUCCUGCCAUGUUUCAACUAUUUUCUGCGGACGACCAUUCUGCGACCUGUAAACUUUAACUUGCACAAACAGUUAAAUUAGUUAUAAGGGAUCGUCUGUCUAGUUGGAAAAACUACCAGUCUGGGCCACCAAUGCUGCGGUCCGUCUCCAGAAAGAAACAUCUGAAUUUAUCCCAAAGGAUGAAUUUAAAAUUAAGUCCAUUGUAGCUGUGACGCGAUCGCCGCCUUCUCCCUUAGCCUCUCAUACCCCAACUUCUGUCUAUUUCUUUGUCUGAUCGAGUGAAGAAUGGCAACAUGCUCACGUGGGAAAUCCAUGUCAUCUAGUCCAUAUUGAGUGUCAUGCACGCAAUGCUUCGUUUUGUAAACCCUUCGUACUAGGAGUUCGCAGCCAAGUAGGCUUGCGAGGCGUACGUAUAGGACAAUCCACGCAGUAACUAACGUCAAGUUUUGCCAAAAUUUUCUUCACGCUCGUGUGCAGUCUGUCUCUCUCUCCCCCCCCCCAAAUGGCCUCUUGUGUAAGAUUUCGGUGGGUCGUUUUAUUCACUUAACUCUUUAAACAACACAAACCGCAAUAUAUUACUCUCUAGCAGUCGGUUUAUUUUCUGCUCAGAUCUAACUUAAGUUCCUGUCGAUGUAGGGAAGUCGUUUACUUUGGCUUUGCCGACGUGCCUCUUGCACAGUUUUUUCCUAGAAAACAACUGGGGUUCCAAGGUUUAUCUAAUAAAUCACGAUAUCUGUCUUUAAGCCUGUUGUUACGGUCACUCGUAAUUUAAAAGACGUCUCUAGGCAAACGGGAAACUUCUUUCGGGAAAAAUCAGGUGCUUUCCGCAAAAUCUUCAAGAACAGUUGUGAAUUCGGUAGCAUCCAAUUUUCAUCUAUUUUUCUCGUAAAAACAGUAUUUAUAGACGCUCCCCUAGCGAUUCCCGAUGUUGGAGACAACUUACAAGGACUCGGUUGGUGGUUCUCCCGCGAGGACAGUACUUUUGACGCCCAGGAGCAAACAGAUUAUCUCAGCGGUUUCGACAAGUCAGUCAACACAGUAAAAGAGGCCCUUCGCUCCCAGGUUUGCCUUUGUUCACUACCACUGACCUUACGUGAAGGGCCCGUUUGAUGGAAUUUUUGCCUUUAGCCAAGGUGCUGCCUUUGUGACGUUGUUACAGAUCCUCAUGGAAAAGUUCCCCGAGCGUAAGCUAACUGAGUUCCUUCAAUUUUUAAAAGAAUUCUUGGUUUGUAGCCACCUAUUCAACAUUUUCAACCUCUUGUUGCCUCGGUUCACCCACAACCAGAAUGGGACGCCCCGAAAGUGCAGUUCUGCAUCCUUGUCGCCCCCUUCAAGAGUCGGUGCUCACUUCACACUCCGUUGUACGCGCUUCCUAUCCAGAUGCCCACUCUGAUCGUCUAUGGACUGGAUGACAAAGUUAUACCUGCAGGUAAUCGAGGCUUUUGCUUGUGUGUUGAGCAAAUUGUACCUCACUGCAUGGAAGAUGAAUUCAUUUUCGUCAUCCUCUGACCUGCCAAGACACCAACCAAUCAACAUAUUUCACCACAGGGUGGAAGCGUAUAAUUUGCCUUCCCUAUAAGUCGUCGGGAUAAAAACUGACUGGCAUGUCCCCUUUAUUUAUGCUAAUACUUUAUGGCAUUUUUAUUUCAAAGUCUUCAUGCACUAUGAAUGUGUCGCCUACGCAGCUUAUUAUAAACGCUGCUAGGCAACUCGAAGAUGCAGUAUUAGAUCAUGUGUGCUUAGUCCAAAGCCGCGGUGAUUUCCAGUCAUCGCUGCGACCCCGCUGCAACCUACAUUGCCCACUGUUGACUCAUUUGCCUUCGUCAAUCCUAGUCCCUUCCAUGAACUUGUACUUAGUAUCCUAGUGCACUGUUCAAGGUCCAACUCGUGAAGCUCAUUGCGAACUAGGCAAUGAGUGUACGGUGGACAAACCUGUGCGCUUCGUCAUGCUGUUUUACUAAGCAAGUAGAAGUUCCAGGAAUUUCUCCGCUAGGCAGGCUUCGGUGUAAUGAUGUGUGUUCUGCAUACCACAUGUGCGGUCUACUAGUCGAAUACUUAUUGCACCCUUUGGUAUCCAGGUCACUUGCUGUGUUCGCUUCGUUUGCAUGAUAGGAGCGGAACUGCGGGAAGAUCGGCCCGAUUGUUAGUCUCAUUGCCUGUCACCCGACCCGUCCAUGAAUAAUGGGAAGGGAACGGCCUUCGUUGGGAGUUGACUGCAAACUAAACUGCGUCUAACACAAGCAGUCGCGGACCAGCAAAAAUGAUGUUAGAAGGAUGCUGAAAGUCUGAGUUCUCGUCAUUCGACUCUCAAAAGUGCCUCAGAGUCUGAACACUGUACCGUGACGCCUGGCAGAUUGGACACAUCCCCAAAGGCGGGGUUAGGCAGCAUGUAACCAGUUGUGCGCUUAGAUCUUCUGAGUCGGUAUCUGAACCAGUGUCCCCACCAUCAUUGUCGAUCCUUGCCACAACGAUGUUUCGGACUUCUGUCAGUGGGUCGGGUGGUAAAUGUGCGAGCUGGUCUUUCUGCUAGUGUCCGGCCUUGGCUGGCGACAAGAUCUAAAUGGCUAACUGGAGACACGUUGGAAGACUAAAUCUAGCACACCUCCGUCUUUUGGUCUUACGUGUCAGACGGCUUACGUUCUUCUAAAAGUCUGUGACUGAUCAGCCCUAAUUUAAGGCGAUCGUUGUUGAUGCCGGGAUCUCACAGCCUGAUGUCAGCUAGAGCGUCCGUAAUGGCUUUAGUCGAUUGGAGAUGAAGUUAGGCAGUGAUUUGAAUCUGGCAUUCUAAAACCCUCGUGGCAAUUUGGUUGCUGUCUGAUCCAAAAAUGUCUCAGCUAUUUACUGGAGUUCAGGUUGACUUCGAGUAGAUGGGACCGUUGUGUUGUGGUAGACCGCGCAGCGAUAGUCUUAAAACGUACGUGGACUGAGUUUCCAUGACUGCUAAAUUGAACACUAGUGAACUUUGCAGCCUCAGGCGUCAUAAGCGCCGGCUGUCCGGUGUUGUCUGCACGUCGUUGGAAGUCCCAGGAACUGAGAAACCGGCCAUGAGGAUGGCCUACAGGGUUGGGGUCGGACUGAUGAUUGCCUAGCGGUCAAUAAUCUGUUCUAUUAUAUAUACGGGCAGCUGUUUUUUCGUUAGUGUGGAAAACGUUAGCCGUCUCAACGAUAUCACUGGCCUCCGGCUCUGGUAAUCAGCAUCUUUUUGUGCUCUGGGAUUGCAUUUCGUGCAUCUCAACUCGCGUCCGGAAUGCGACGGAGGCGGGAACAUUCAAUGAGUACGUGCUCCCAAACCCCUGCACCAAAGCCACAUUCCCGGCCCGAAGCUUUCGACUUGCCGGUGUUAGGUGGAGGGGCUGUUUCCCUAACUGCAUUUACACCACAGUGACUUGUGUAUCAAGUAUUUGUCAAAACGUCUCCCUUCCUCGCCGUUUCAGCUAAUCCGGACACUCGGCGUAGACUCCUGGGCGCAGAUCUUUUGGGACUGUUUGCUACAUGUAAAUAUGUGUGCCAUUAGUCUGUGGGUUCUCUGCAUAAAGUGUGAUUUUCGUUGUCCAUAUACCGGCUUGGUUAAAGGAUGAGUGUUUCCACGAAAUUGGCUAGUCAGUUACCCGAUAACGAUGAGAACACCAGCGCCCCCCAUCUCGGCGUUCCGCCUUGUCAAAUUAAUCUGCAAAUAUCGUCCGGUCUCAGCAUACUUAUUGGCAGUGGCGGAGGGAUGCCCACCUUCACCCACCUGGAGAAGAGUUGUGGAAGGAGCUUCAUAUGUACAGUAUGUGGGCUAACUCAUGAAAUGUCAACCGAUAUUCUGAAAUGUUUUUUCGUUUUGAAAAGAUUAAUUGAGUAGAGUUGGAGAAAUAAUCAUCAAACAACAUGAUUCUAUAAUAAUUCAGUUACCUCAGGAUGCCGGCUUUCGAACGAACUUCUUUCCGACAGUAUGCAAAAGCUAUACUCUGUAAAAAAUGGCUACUGAAGUAGCACGCAUUUUCUCAUUGAUUUUCCAUACCCUCAAAAAUUCAAUCAUAUUUCAUGGAAAACAGGCAUAACAGUAUUGACUCUCUUGCUCAUUCGGUAGAAAAUUACAUUUUUUCUAAUUUUAUUAUCGAAGGAAGGGUAUAAUUCGGUUUUAAAAAGUUUCUAAUUGCGAGAUUCUCUAAUACCGUGAAAGGGCCGUUCAUAAAACGUCAUAUAUCUGCCUUUACCAGUGUGGCUCGUAAAGUUAACAACAUGGCUUAAAUCCACUGCUGAAUUUUAUGAACCCCAUAUGGUGUCCACUAAAUACCGUAGAGAAACGUAUGGUUUUCCGUACGGGGAAAAUAUAUGGUUUGUAGUUUGGAAACCCUGAAUGCGAGUGUAACGGCAGGUCGGGUUCAAAAUUAUUCUGGAAUUGGAAAAAGUUUUUGAAAACCGAAUUAUACCCUUUCUUAGAGUAUAAAAUUGGAAGGAGACGUAAUUUUCAACAGAAUGAAUAAAGGAAUGAAUAUUGUUAUGCAUAUUUUCCAUGAAAUAUAAUUUAAUUUUUAAGGGCAUCCAAAAUCAAUGAGAGAAAUGCAUGCUACAUGAGUACUCAUUUUUUACAGAGUAUAGCUUUUGCAUACAGCCGGAAAGAAGUUCAUUCGAAGGCUGGCAUCCUGGGGUAACUGAAUUAUUACAGAAUUAUACUGCUUGAUGAUUAAUUCUCCAACUCUACUUAAUUAAUCUCUUCGAAACGAAGAUGCAUUUCAGAAUUUCGGUUGACAUUUCAUGAGUUAGCCCACCUUCUGUAGGGUCGCCAAAGAUUUGUGCUCAUAAGGCUUCCGUUCUUUUGCGCAAGUCUGCCAUUCUUGUUCAACCCGACUAUAAGUAGAGUGUUAGAUCCUUUUAGGAGUGCUGGCAUCGUCAAGGUGAUGAAAUCCAGUUAAUUUGCUCAGACCACGGUGGAAAUGUUAUCUGUUUCCUCGAUAGCCCCUCAGCAUUAUCAUAGUCAGUCGCAUGCGCAGUUUAUCGCUGAGAGGCCACCGGUUUGUUCAUCGUUGUUUCGUGUAUUCAGGCUAAGAAACACUAAAACUAGCCGAGCUGCGAGGAGUUGCGCAGUUUACGGACGUAGUUUGGAUCUUCUGCUUCUUCGUCGUCGUCGUAGAAAUUCGGAGCUGGUCUCGCAUUUUACGGUUUAAAAAGCUUAACUGCCGUACCUUACUUCACACUGCAACUGCCACCCAUGCUGUCUUUUGGGCCUACGCCCAGAUUACCACAACGUCGGCCAGGAGCCUGGCAGCAAAAUCAAGACCUCGUGGAAAAUCUUGCCUGAAGACCGCCUCUGUUGUGUCCCAUGGUUGGUGAGCGGGGUUCAGCGAACGAAACGUGAGGGACCACCUUUUCGGCAAUCUUUCACAAAAUGUCUCACCGGCCAGUGCAGAAGCGGACACUCAGUUACCGAUCUCAUGAAAUGCUAACGGAAAUUCUAAAAUGCGUUUUCGAUCAGGAAGGAUUUGUAAUAUUAUCUUGCGACCUAACUCUAUGAUAUUUUAAACACACCACGACGUUAACUUCUGAAUACGCUUCUCUUUAAGCGUAGGAAAAUAAUUGUGCUCAAUGAAAAGGGACUACAUGGGUUGUAUGUUUUCUUCUAUUGCAUCUAGAUGUCCUUAACAAUUCGAAUGCAUUUUAUAGAAAACAUGCGCAAAAGUAUUCAUUAUUGUACUCGUUCCGUAGCAGCUCACGUCUCCUUCAGACUUUAUACUCGGAGGAAAGGUGUUUUUUAUUUUUACAGUAGCUUUCUAAUUCUGAGAUUUUUAAGACCUGGCAAUUUCCAUUCAACUAGAGCCAUACCUGCCCGUUUAUUGAUGCCCCGCAUGAAGUAUGCAACAUAGUAUAUCCCCACUGCAAAUUUUUACAAGCCCUAUACGGUGUCUUCCUAAUGGCACAGAGGGGUGCAUUAUUUUAUUUACACGGAACGUAGAUAGCAUAUGAACUCAAAACCCUAGACAGUUCGAUCAUCGAUUUCGACGAUGUCCACCGUGUGCUACACACCAGGGUGCAGCAGCGCAGUUUCUUUGUGGCGGCUGAAAACAAGUGCAUUCAAAAGCUAACAUCGUCGCAAGAUAACCAAUACUACAACCCCCCUUGAGUAAUGCUUUCUAAUCAAAAAGCAUAUCAGAAUUUCAGUCAACACCUCAUGAGAUCGGUGACUUGCUGUAAGUCACACAGCCUUCUUUUGUUAGUUGUCAGAGAUAAACUGCCAUACCAGAAAGCUGAUCCUUGACGCAACACCUUGGUAUGAAUACGACUUGUUCGUGCGUAAGUAGGUGGCUCUCCGUCAGGGGGGUUUUGCUGCCAACCCGUACACAGACUAAUGGGACUGUAGCGCACCAAAUUUUUGGAAGCCCUUCCAGCCCUCGAUUGCAGCUGAAUGUCGUUCAUCGUCUAGGAAUGCGAUCAGAUCAUUUGGCUCCAGAAGUUGUCUGCCUUGUGGACCGCGGCCACACCACCAGGGCUGGGGAAGCGGUCUGCCUCGAUUAACUGACACGCUGUAGGUUCUCAUGCGAAGGUUUACCUUCAGCAGUAGCUCUGGUUGGAUUCUCUUAUGCCCUGUAGUCGCUCUGCUUAACGCUGAGCAUGAUGUGGACCAAAUGGGUUUAAGAAUAUUUUCCUUUAAAUACGUGGGAACUUACAAGGUCAUCGAAAAUCAUUUGGAAAAAUCAUACUACUUAAGUUGUUAUCUCUACCCAUUCCAGUUUUCUCAGGUUGCCAAAAAAGAACUCAUUACAAAACCAGAAUUCUUACGUGACUGGAAUAUUUCGGGACUGUGUUGCAAGUUAUUUAGUGCUACAACCCAAUCUAGGUAAUCCUUUCUGAAAGCAAACACGUUUGAUAAUUUCCGUUAACAUUACAUAGGCCAGAUACUGUGUUUUCAGUCAGAGAGCUAACGAAGAUGUUCUAGAGCAACUGUCGAGCACUUUGUAGUUUUCUUGGAAUAUAUUUUCAAAACCAACGGCUCGUUUUACCCCUGACCACCCAAAACCCACACUGAACUGAAAUCUUUUCAAUUUUCAGACAUGACCAAAGAUCUGCUGGACGUGUAUGAACCGCCGCACACCACGCUAGUCCACCCCGGUGGUCAUCUUAUUCCAACCAACGCGGAGGCGAAAGUAGCCUAUCGCAGUUUUCUGGACCGGUUCAGAUCGAAAACCUGA